AUGGUGGCACAUAAGAAGAGUAAGAAGAAGAGUAAGAAGCAGCAUGGUUCUGCGGGUGAAAAGGAAUUGCAUGAAUCGAAGAUUCACGCAGAAAUCAUCGAUGAUGAAGCAGAGUACCCUACCUCUCGUGUGAUCAAAAGAGCCCCAAACGGAGAUGUCAUAGUGGAAUCACUUCCGGAAGAGGAAUCAUUAGACAGAUCAGAACUAAACCAGGAUCAUCGUUCUGGUAGCAGCAGUAGCAGCACUAAUAGUGGCGGUGUUACAAAUACUGCAGACUGCAAUGCCGAUGCUGAUAAUGAAGAAGUCGAGGAUACUAAAUGGCCAAUCAAGUUAGAUACCCAUUGGGAAUCUUUGUCAUUGGAAGAGAGAAGGAAUAUUCUACGGAUAAGCAAAGACGAAUUGUUUGAUAUGAUCAAAUCGUAUAAGAAUAUGCAUAAUUGUGAUUGUAGCAUGUGUGGCCGUCAUAACAACCUGAAUAUAGAGCAAGAAAUUGAACAGAUAUAUUGCGAACUUUACGAUAGUGCAAGGGAAGAAGAUUCAGAUACAGAUUUUGUACAGUUCCACUUAAAGCUAAUAAAAGAAUAUCAGAAUGGUAGUAAUAAUACACAUCACCAUAUGCGUCACCAUGGGGACAAACAGGAUUCCAAUAUUUGUCAUGAGAACUUUGCCCAUAACGAUAACGACGAUAAUAAUGAUUCAACGAAUAAAAAUGCCUUUUUAUCUAGCAUACUUCCGAAAGAGAAAAAUGCUAGCACUUCAGAAAAUGAAUGUACAAAUGAUUUCCUCGAUUCAUUAAGCGAAGAUUCAGCCAUAAAGUAUUGUCUUUCAGAAGGAGCGAUAGGGCUGGAUAAAUCAUAUCAAGUUGACUUCCUUGGUAAAGAAGAAGUUGAUUCAAAUAUGGACACCAUUCCGAACAGUGAUAAUAAAACGCAGACUGCUUUGGAUUGGAAACACGAAAUCGAACAAUUUAAAAGUAGCAAACAGAAGCAGGUAUCUGAGUCUACAACAGGUAAAGAAGCUCUCCCUCCUAUCAAUGACAUAGAUAAUACUAAUGAGGUUAUCCCCGAACAUGAUGAGUUUGACUCUAAGCUUCUCCAUUUUGCCAAAACUGUAGUAUCUUCUCAUCCGCAUAUUGCCGAGGAAUUCAUCAACAGAGCUAUGAUGUAUCCCCACAUUAAAGCUAUAACUGAGGAUAUGAUGAAUAAUGAAGGUGAAGGUUUGAAAAGAGCUAUGGAAAGUCUUGUUCUACAACAGGAACUUCAAGAUUGGAGGGAAAACAUGGCCGUUUCAAUUGAGAAGAAGAUCUAUGAAAUGGACCCCACUGAACCUGUUAUAGAUGUAUCAGAAUCCGACAGUCACGAAAAUGAAAGGGUGAAUGGACCAGCAAAUGCUUUAGAAGAAAAUAACAAAAAAGACGUUAUUGAAUCAGACUCUCUGGAUAGACCUUCGUUGGUUGAUAACAAUAAAGUGGAUUCUCUGAUAGACAGUAUUCCGUUUAAAUUUGUUAAAGAUCCUAAAGCGGUUGCAUCGCUGAAAAAUGCAUUCUAUGAUAUCUUCACUAAUAAGACGAGACGCUCUGAAAUUGACCAAGACGAUAAAGAAUAUAAAGAAGAACUAGAACGUUUACGUAAUGAAAUUUCAGCGGACGAAGACCAAGCAUCUUAUGAGUGGUCCAACGAUGAGUAUGAAGAAAGCAACGAUCAUGAUGAAGAUGCAGAGGGCUAUGUUGAUGACGAAUGUAUCGAUGAUCAUCACCUCGAUUCUGGCUACGAUGAUGAAAAUGAGGAUGAAGAUAUCAUAUAUGAUGACCUACAUGAAAACGUGAAACUGAAUGAGGACCCUUCUGCUGUGCCAAAUGGACACACUCAACUGAUUCAUCACGACAAUUCUGUCACCUCAAAUGUAUCUGAAGAUGGUAUAGAUGAUAAUUAUGAUAGUGAGCUUGAUCAUGCCGAGCGUUUAGAAGAAGGUAGAAGGCUUAUACAGAUCGCAAUAACUAAAUUACUCCAAAAAAAGCUUAUCGCUUCCUAUCAAGAGAAAGAGGCUGAAAAGAACAGAGAACGAUUAUUGAUGGAACUCGAAGCUGAAGAAAAUCAGAAGAAGGAGAAGGAGAAGAAGAAACUAAAGAAGAAGGAGAAGGAGAAGGAGAAAAAACGUCAACAACAACUGGCAAAGGAAGAAGAAAAGAAGAGGCAAGAAGAAGAAGAAAUCAGGUUAAAGAAAGAAGCUGAGGAAAAGGAGAUUGCUCGAAGAGAAGCUCAGAGGAAAAAAGUUGAAGAAGCUAAACGCAAGAAUGAUGAGAAACGUAAGAAAAAGUUAGCGGAGCAAAGACGUCGGGAAGAAGAACAAGAGCGCAUUCGUAAAGAAAAGGAGGAACAAAAGAGACAGCGCGAAGAAGAACAAAAACAAAAGAAAAUGGAAAAGGAAAGAAAACAGCGUGAAUUUGAAGAACAACGCCUUUUGAAGAAGAAGGAAGCAGAACAGCUUCAAAAACUAAAGGAAAAUCAAAAAUUGAAUGAGAAGUCAAUGCAAAAAAAUCAAGACACAACAACCGAAGGUGUUCCUUACGGAUCCGUUUCAACCAAUCCUCUACAGAAUAAUUCAACGUUGAAUGAUGACAUUUUCAACAUGAUCAAUGAAGUUUCUAAAUCAUUGUCGUCUUCACCUUCGCGGAAUCAAAACGACUUGCUUGGUUCAUCUGUGUUAUCGAAUGUAGAUCACCAAGGUGGAUUGAACGCAGGCAAUGUGUUCAUUCCACCUUCUCUUUCCAUGUCAGAAAUGUCCCCUCAUGCUCAGGCUGGAUUUAAUACGUUAGGUUCAAGCUUGCAACCGAAUUUGUUGAACGGAUGGGAUCAACAAUCGUCCACGCAAGCUUAUUAUCAUGCCAACCAGCCCUCUUCUUCAGAAGCUCCGGGAUUACUUCCAUUGUCGCAUGGCGGAUCGUCUUCGAAGUUUUCUUCCUUUGCAGACACAACUGUUGAUGUUACCGAUGACGUUAAUAAUUUGACCAGUUUCUUGAAAGAUACUACAAUUAACGAUAUCUCACUCGGUUCAACUAGUAGUAUUCCGGCACAAAAUCUGGAUCCUGUUAACAUGGCACCACGUCCGCAAUCUGCUGUUUACAACCAACCAAAUCUUUGGAACAAUGAUCCAAAUCAAAGGCUCUCAAACUUUGGUCAACAGCACGUUCAACAGAACCCAAUCUCCUCGUCACACUCUCAACCAAGAAGAUCUAUUUGGGAUACUGGAGCUGAAAAUACCUUUGGUGUUGCCUCUGCUAACAAUUUUGCUUCGAAUAUCUGGGAUACACCUACAUCUACUCCAGCACUUCCGAACACCCUGCUAUCUUCCCAAGUUGCAGCAACAUCUGUUGACUCAUAUGAGGAAGUCCUAGCCAAGACCUAUAAGAUGCUUUCUCCAGACAAUAGUUUCGUUCCCUUGGACAAGCUAUAUCAAACAUCAUUGACUCAAAUUAAUGCCAAAUCAGUACUGUCGUAUCCCCAAUUCAUUUCCACUUUGGUUUCCAUGAAGAAUUCAUACAAUACUGAACUUUUGAAUGAUAACACGGGUUUAUUGGCGUACUGCAGAAUGGGUUCUGUUCCAGUACCAUCAGGAUUGCCUUCUUAUAAUAGACAAAAUACUUUCCCUCAUGCAACCACUCAAGUUCAGUCAGAUUCGCAGCAAAUAAACUCAGUUUCAACUCCUAUAUCGAACCCGCUACCUCAACCAUCAUCGGUAUUUAACGAUGUUCAUUACAACCAAACAGCUACUACUUCACCAGCGAAUCACGGGAAUCCAAUUCCAGGCCCAACGUCAACAAUCGCAUCAGAUCCUUCGAACUUCGUGAACUUUGGUCAAUCGUAUCCAAACUCAUAUCAAACCGGCAAUAUCUGGAGCUGA